UUCGAAUUCGUCGAGCAACAGACUUAAAUAUUAAAUGGAAAUUGGAAGGCUCAUAUAAAAUUGUUCGAAAUGAAAAUUUUAAGGACAUAAUUGUGAGCAAAUAUGCAAGAAAUGGAAGAGUUAUAGAUAAAGAAGG